CCACCCCGACUCAGCCGCCGCAACCGCAUCUUUUUCCCCAUCCUCACCCCGACUCCCGACGGCCGACGGGCCAUCAUCCCGAUCUCCGUCCCUCCCUGCUCGGCACCCGCCACCCCCAUGGCGAUGAGGGCGCCGGUCGACGACGCCAUGGGCGCGGUCUUCAUGCGCCUGCCGGCGGACGACCCCAGGAGCCUCGCCCGCGCCGCCGCCGUCUGCAGGAGCUGGUGCGCCAUCCUCUCCGACCCCGGCUUCGCCCACGGCUACCGCGCGCUCCACGGGGGGCCGCCCAUGCUCGGCUUCCUCCACAACGAGUACCGCAACGGCAACCGCUUCGUCCCCACUUCGACCUUCCGCCGCCGGCCGUCCCAGGACCGCCCAGACUGCCAGGUCCUCGACUCCCGGCACGGCCUCGUCCUCCUCUACGCCCCUGCGUACGACCCCCCUUUUGAGGCCCGCGACCUCGUCACCGGCAACUGGUGGGACAUCGACGACGACCCCAAGUGCCGCGACAUCAUGCACUGGCCGGGCGACGGCCCCGACGACUUCUUCAGCGGGACUGGGAUACGCUGUAAUGCCACGGCGCUCUGCGCCAAAGAUCGAUGUGGCCAUCUCGACUGCCAUGGCGGCGGUCCUUUCCUCGUGGCCUUGGUGGGCUCUGUGGAGGAAGGAGGCAUUGCCCUCGCCACUGUCUACUCGUCGGAGACUUGUCAGUGGAGCGACAAGAUCUCUGUUCGGAGCCCGGGUUUGCACACUGACGACGGAGGGCACACUGCUGUGGUGGGAGAUAAGGUCUAUGUCCCCAGUUAUGAGUGUGACAGUCUCGUGGAGUUCAACAUUCGUGAGCAACAACUAUCUGUGAUCAAUGUGCCAGAGAACCUGGGCCAGGGAUUCCUUUACCUCAUCGGUGUGGAGGACGGCAUGCUGCUGUUUGCAUCCGUGCUCAAGCCUAGACUCUAUCUAUUGUCAAUGGAGGCUGGUCCUAGAGGAGCUGCGGCAUGGGCACGAUGCAGGGUCGUCGAGCUCGAGCCAUUGCUCCCUCCCCGUGCCCUCUUGGACAUGUCGGAGUCGAACAUCUGGGCGGUUGGUUUUGCGGAAGGGGUUAGCGUCAUCUUCCUCAGAACACCUGCUGGGUGUUACGCAAUUGACCUUAAUUCAGGCCGAGCCAACAAGGGCAUUGAAAAGGUCAUCACCCCCAUGGCGAUGCCGCUGAGUCCGCCGCCGCUGGUUGACGACGCCAUGCGCGCGGUCUUCAUGCGCCUCCCGGCGGACGACCCCAGGAGCCUCAUCCGCGCCGCCGCCGUCUGCAGGGGCUGGCGCGCCAUCCUCUCCGACCCCGGCUUCGCCCGCGGCUACCGCGCUCUCCACGGGGCGCCGCCCAUGCUGGGCUUCCUCCACAACGAAUACCGCAGGGGCAACCGCUUUGUCUCCACCUCGACCUUCCGCCGGACGGCAUCCCAUGACCACCGGGACUGCCACGUUCUUGAUUCCCGGCACGGCCUCGCCCUCCUCUACGCCCCUGGGUACCAUGCCCCCUUCGAUGUUUGCGACCUCGUCACCGAUAACUGGCGGGAGAUCGACGACGACCCCAAGUGCCACAACAUCAUGCACUGGCUGGGCGACGACCCCGACGACUAUUACAAUGGCAGCAUACACUGUAAUGCCACGGUGUUCUGCGCCAUAGACCGAUGUGACCACCUCGACUGCCAUGGUGGCCCUUUCCUCGUGGCCCUGGUGGGCUCUGCGGAUGAAGGAGACUCAUCGGAGACUCGUCAGUGGAGCGACAUGAUCUCCGUUCAGACCCCGGGUCUUCAAAUCGAUACCGGGGGGCGCACUGCUGUGGUGGGAAAUAAUAAGGUAUAUGUCCCCAAUUAUGAGGGUGACAGCGUCGUGGAGUACAACAUUCGUGAGCAACAACUGUCUGUGAUCAAGGCGCCAGAGAUCCUGGACCAGGGAUACCUUGACCUCCUGGGUGUGGAGGAUGGCAUGUUGCUGUUUGCGUCAGUGCGCAAGCCUAGACUCUAUCUAUGGUCAAUGGAGGCUGGUCCUGGAGGAGCUGCGGCAUGGACACGACGCAGGGUCGUCGAGCUCGAGCCGUUGCUCCCUCCUCGUGCCCUCUUGGACAUGUCGAGCUCGGAUGUGUGGACGGUUGGUUUUGCUGAAGGAGUUAGGGUAAUCUUCCUCAGAACUCCGGCUGGGUUGUACGCAGUUGAGCUUAAUUCAGGCCGAGCCAACAAGAUGGGUGAAUUUAGCAUUGAAAAGGUCAUGCCCUACACGAGGUUCUGCAUUGGAGCAUGGGGCCGGUUGCCGGCCUCCAAUGAAGCCCCACACGCAGUUGCUGGUGGUACGAUGAUGUAACCAAAUGGCGUCAAGAAAGAUGGAUCUCUCUACUUUUGCCUCCCAGAAAGACUUUGAAGAUGAGCUGCUGCUGCUGGCUGCGUUGGAUGGUUUGGUUAGGGUUAUUUACAAGAACAAGAGCUCUUUGUAUCUGCUACCUCUGUCUUUGUGUCUUCGUGUCAGGGGUCAUCCUCCUUUUCGGAAAAAAAAAGAACUUCUGUCUUCGUGUUUUAGGAGUAUGUCAUGCUAUGAAAUUCAAAUUUCAAAUACAGCCCAUGUCUUGACAAAGACAAGCUUGGUUUCAACCAGUGGUAUUAAUGUGGCUGGAUUUACAGCUUAUUAUGAUGAGUAAGGUGCUACUCAAAA